AUGGCUAUCUCUCGGAAGCCCUACUUUGGGUUUACUGGUGGCUGGCUCACCUUUUGGGUCUCGCUUGCUUGUGCCACUGAUAUGACUUUGUUUGGAUAUGAUCAAGGUGUCUUUAGUGGCGUCGUCGUUACACCAGACUUCCUUGAGGUUCACGAUCUGGUUGGACCUACCAAGACGACUAUCCUCUCAACCGUCACCGCUAUCUACGAUGUCGGAUGUUUCUUGGGUGCAAUGCUUGCUUUUACAGCCGGUGAUCGCUUGGGACGAAAGAAGACCAUUCUCCUGGCUUGUGCAAUCAUGGCAAUUGGAACCGCUCUCAAGGCUUCGUCGUACAGCUUGGCUCAGAUGUUUGUGGGACGGGUAGUGCUUGGAAUCGGCAAUGGCCUGAGGUUGAACGUUGGUGGCUAUUGUAUCGUCAACUGGAUUAACUACGGCCUAUCCUUCCGGGAGGGAGGCAUCGUAUGGCGGUUGCCGAUUGCUCUGCAGCUCUUCUUUAUCGCGGUCUUGUUUGCUACAAUUCCAUGGCUCCCCGAGUCUCCAAGAUGGCUCCUGUCCCACGGGCAUGACGAAGAAGCCAUCCAGGUACUCGCAUGCAUUGAAGGGAAAGCCAUGGACGACCCAUACAUCACCACCCAGUAUGACGAGAUCAAAUACAGCAUCAACUACGAACGCGACAACGCCAUCCGCUGGCGAGACCUCAUCCGCCGCAACAAGUCUGACGGCACAAAAACCCUCCGCCGUCUAAUCCUCGGCGCAAGCACACAAGCAAUCCAGCAAUUCCAAGGCAUUAACAUCAUGAGCUACUACCUCCCAACAGUACUUAUAAACUCCGUUGGCUUCUCAAACUCCAUGUCCCGCCUCCUAACAGCCUGCAACGCAACCUCCUACUUCAUCUUCUCCUGCGUCGCCGUCACAAUGAUCGAACGCUUUGGCCGUCGCGGUCUAAUGCUCCUCUCGGGUUUUGGGCAGUUCAUUUCCUUCCUCGUCAUCACGAUCCUCCUGCGCUUCGCCACGACCAAUGAAGUAUACGGCACCGCCUCAGUGGCGUUCUUUUUCCUAUACCACGUCGCUUUUGGAAUUGGGAUGCUCGGUGUCCCAUGGCUCUAUCCGACUGAGAUCAAUUCACUUCCUAUGCGGACGAAGGGAGCGGCUGUUGCGACUGCGACGAAUUGGAUAACAAACUUUGCCAUUGUCGAAAUUACCCCAAUUGGAAUCCAGAAUAUCGGCUGGCGCUUCUGGAUCGUCUGGACCGUGCUCAACGCCGUCUUCUUACCGAUCAUCUACUUUUUCUAUCCGGAGACGGCAAACCGAACGCUCGAAGACGUCGACGCAUACUAUCGCUCCAACCCGCCUCUUAUUGUCGUCGGUGACCUCGAUGCUAUCUCGACAAAGCGGCCGCUCAAGUUCAUUCAGCGAGAAGAUGAGGAGGUGCAGAAGAGGGCGAAGGAAGCGGCGGCCGGGUACAAGGUUGAUGCGGCUUCUGUUGAACAUAUCAACUGA